CAAUCUGAAAUUGGGUCAAAUUAGAAACGGCACGACCAAAUGGUCCUAUUAUCGUUCCAAUGAAUGUGAUAUCGAUAGCGUUGCUUUAAUUACAAAUUCCUGGUCCACCUACUAGUUUCAAACGAAGCGCAUAUUACGUCACGCGGUUUGUUACGUUUAAUUUAAUGGCGACCAAAGAAUUAUAUCUAUGAACCUACCGGUCAGUAACUAAAUUCUUUUUUUUAUAAAAUAAAGACAAGAUAAAAAAAUACUUCUUUAAAAAUAAAAAUAUAUAGCUUGCGCUUAACUAAAAACAUUCAAAUAAUUACAAAAUAAUAUUGCAAUUACGUUUUUAUAUAUAUAAAAAAUUAAAAAAACAUUAUUUUUAUAUCAUAGAAAACUAACUUCCUAAUUAGUAUCUAGAAGUAUGUCUAACAAUUAACAAAAUAAUUCAAUAUUUAUCAAAAUAAUUAAUUUAAAAGAUCAUUUUUUCCCUUUGAUUAAUAACUUGUAAUUAAAACACUUUUGUUCGAAUUAUCAUCUCUUCUAAUUUUAACAAAAACAAUCUAUUAAACAAUAGUAAUCUAUUAAACAAUAUUCGUAAAAAUAUAUUAAAAAAUGAAAGUUAAGUUUCAUACGAUCGCACAUAUAUCAUAUAUUAUCUAUGUCUCACGUUAAUUAGUACACAAUAGUGUGUGCAGCGAUUGGCACGGUGCGAACGAUAAGAAGAAACAGAAUAACGGACAGUCGCUGUAAGACACCUCACGAUCAACUGCCCCCGUGGCAUAAAUCGUGACUGUAUUUUCUUUAAAAAAAAAUUGCAAAAUUACACGAAAUCAAGCACUGAGGACAACGAAACAAGGAUGGCAUAUGGGAAACUGCACGUACUACCAUUGAGUCUCUUCAUCUUAAUCCCAGUGACAUUCGUGAUUACAUACACCAUAUCAGUGCAGUGGGACCAUGUGGUGCCUGGGUUCCCUUACAUAUCGGAGACUGGCACAUUGUCACCGGAAUCCUGCAUAUUCGCGCAAUGCCUGAACAUCGCAGCUCUUUUACUCGGAUGCUGCGUUUACAUCAGGCAUCGACAAGUACUGCAAUGGCAGACAGAGAGAGGCCGCGAUCUCGUAAACAAAAAAGUUAUCGUGGUGACAAUGUGCUGCGGUAUCCUCGCUUGUUUCGGUCUCGAUAUACUCGCCAAUUUUCAAGAAGCCCGCGUAAUUGCCGCUCACAUGGUGGGAGCGAUGACUUGCUUCUCUGCAAGCACUCUCUAUUUCUGUCUUCAGACGUAUUUAAGCUACAAGAUGGUACCAGCUAUGAAUGGCAUAAUUAUCGUUUAUCUGCGUGCAAUUCUCUCGGCUCUCACAUUGACAUUGACGAUUGCUACGAUUGUUCCUGGCUAUAUCUCGAUGUGUGAAUUUCAAGGUAACGAUUACAAGAAGUGGCUACCGGCGGAUGGUGGUUGGGGCUGGCACGUGGCGAGUACUAUAUGCGAAUGGGCUCUCGUAGUUGUCUAUUGCACGUUUCUCCUUACUUUCGUACCAGAAUUCCGAUUAAUUAAUUUUGAAGACCCUGUUGUUACGCUAAUGUAUCUGGACAAAAUUGAGAACACAGCAACGUCGGACAAAACAGAAACAACCAUACCACAUGACACGUAAAUUUUUUCCUAAAUUGUUUUAUCAAUAGCUUCCCAUUCUAAUUAAUCCCACACAUCCAACUCUAAUGUAUGUUAUAUUUCUAAUGAAAGAGAUUAUCGUAAAUUAUUGCAAAGAGAACAAUAAAACAACAAGAG